GAUCUGGGGAGCGAAGACCUGAAGAGGGAGAAAAUCAGCUUUGUUUGUCAGAUCGUUCGAGUGGGCCGGAUGGAGCUCAGAGAUAACAACACUAAGAAACUAACGUCCGGCCUCCGCAGACCCUUCGGUGUGGCAGUAAUGGACGUCACAGACAUCAUCACGGGCAAGAUGGACGAUGAGGACAAGCAACACUUCAUUCCCUUCCAGCCGCUAGCGUUGGAUGACGCCAUUCGCCACAGGCAGCUGAACAUCUCCCGUUUUUCAUCCAGGGUGGCGAGCGAGAACGACUUCCUCCAGACCGUCAUCAACAAGGUCAUCGCCGCCAAAGAGGUCAAUCACAAAGGUCAAGGUUUGUGGGUUACGCUGAAGUUGCUUCCAGGUGAUAUUCAUCAGAUCCGUAAAGAUUUCCCUCACUUGGUGGACCGUUCCACCGCCGUCGCUCGCAAAAUGGGCUUCCCAGAAAUCAUCAUGCCAGGUGAUGUUCGGAAUGACAUUUACGUGACGCUGGUUCAGGGGGAUUUUGAUAAAGGCAGUAAGACGACACCUAAAAACGUGGAGGUCACCAUGUCUGUACAUGAUGAAGAUGGAAAGAAACUGGAGAAUGUGAUAUUUCCUGGAGCUGGAGAUGAAGGCAUUCUGGAAUACAAAUCGGUCAUUUACUACCAGGUCAAACAGCCUCGCUGGUUUGAAACCAUCAAGGUUGCGAUCCCGAUUGAAGAUGUCAACAGGAGUCACCUGCGGUUCACCUUCAAGCACCGAUCGUCUCAGGACUGCAAGGAUAAAUCCGAGAAGAAUUUUGCUCUGUCUUUUGUGAAGCUGAUGAGGUACGACGGCACGACGCUGAGGGACGGAGAACAUGAUCUCAUCGUCUAUAAGGCUGAAGCCAAGAAACUGGAGGACUCAACCAUGUACCUGAGCUUGGCGUCCACCAAACCAGAGAUGGAGGAAAGAAACCCAUCGUCCGGGAAGAACACGCAGAAUCUGGGCAGCUUCUCCAUCAGCAAAGACUCGUUUCAGAUCUCGACGCUUGUUUGCUCCACCAAACUCACGCAGAAUGUUGAUCUCCUGGGGCUGCUGAAGUGGAGAUCCAACACCAGUUUGCUCCAGCAGAACCUCCGUCACCUGAUGAAAGUGGAGGGAGGCGAGGUGGUCAAGUUUCUGCAGGACACUUUGGAUGCCCUUUUCAACAUUAUGAUGGAGAACUCGGACAGUGAAACCUUUGAUACUCUUGUGUUUGAUGCUCUGGUCUUCAUAAUAGGACUGAUUGCAGACAGGAAGUUCCAUCAUUUCAAUCCGGUUCUGGAGACCUACAUCCGCAAGCACUUCAGCGCCACCCUGGCCUACACAAAGCUGACAAAAGUCCUGAAGAACUACGUGGAGAAUGCGGAGAAGCUGACGGAGCAGCUGCUGAAAGCUCUGAAGGCUUUGGAGUACAUCUUCAAGUUCAUCGUGAGAUCCCGCGUUCUCUUCAACCAGCUCUACGAGAACAAAGGCGAGAGUGAUUUCAUGGAGUCCCUGAGGAAUCUCUUCACCUCGUUUAACGCCAUGAUGAACAGCAAUGCUGAAGGGACCGGCGGGGUGAAGGGUGCUGCACUGAAAUACGUCCCAACUAUCGUCAAUGAUCUGAAACUGGUCUUUGAUCCGAAGGAGCUCAGUAAGCUGUUCAGUGAGUUUAUUCUCAAAGUUCCUCUGGGGCGUCUUGUGAAGCAGAAGUUGAACUGCAUGAUUGACAUCGUCCACAGCGACCUGUUUACUCAGCAUGACUGCAGAGAGAUCCUGUUGCCUUUGAUGACGGAGCAGCUCAAACUUCACCUGGAGAAUCAUGAGGAGCUGGACUCCUGCUGCCAACUGCUCAGCAACAUCCUGGAGGUGCUUUACAGGAAGGACGUGGGCCCGACGCAGUGGCACGUUCAGAUCAUCAUGGAGAAGCUGCUGAGGACGGUAAACAGGACGGUGAUCUCCAUGGGCCGAGACUCUCCUCUCAUAGACUGACGGCAGGUGUGGUAUGCAGCAUCAGUGCAGCAAAGCCCUCCUAGAUUUACAUUCUCACCACAAUCUCUCUGCAUUAAAUAUACAUUUGUGAUGAUAGAGAGGCUCUUUGGAUUGAUUUAUUUCUAUCUGUAGGUUUUUGCUGACUGUCCUCCUUUAAGUGCUUUUCAGAUGAUUUUUCCAAACUCUCUCGCAUGGGAAAUACCGAACGGUUGCCGCUGCUAGCAUGCAUGGGAAUUCCCUGCUUAAUAAACAUGGAAACGUGCACGCACUCCAUUGUGACCUGGAGAAUUUUAAUAACUCUCAGUCUCCUUUGCUUUGCUGCUGGGAAUGAAAGUGAGGGAGAUAAAUAUAUUGAGGAUCCCUUUGAAUAGGAACAUUAUCUCAUUGGGAAAAACAAAAAAACAGGUGACUUAAUGCAGCUUUUCAGCUGCUUUAACGUGUAGUAGGGCUC